AUGCGGAGACUCCACGAGGCGCUGCUCCUGCUGUCGUUUCUCAGAGUGUCGGUGUGUCUUCAGGUGACUGUCCCUCAGCAGGUGCGCAGCACGGCGCUGUUCGGCUCGGUGAUUCUCCGCUGUGACUUCUCCACCUCUGCAAACCUCCAAGAUGUCAUUGUCACCUGGAGGUUCAAGUCCUUCUGCAAGGAUCCUGUGCUGGAAUACUACACCACAGCAUACCAGUCUGCCCUGCAGUUGGGACAGGACCCAUCAAACGACUGUCCAGAUCGUCAGCGGACAAUUCGCACCGUUAUUCAGAAAAGGGGGAGCAGUGAGCCCACGCUGGGACCAGAGUACCGCGAACGCAAGAUCACCAUCCAAAACAGUGCGGACCUGGUGAUCAAUGAGGUAAUGUGGUGGGACAACGGCGUGUAUUUUUGUGACGUCGACGCUGCAGGAGACACCACCGGAGACUCUGACAAAGAAGUUAAACUCAUCGUCUAUCAUUGGUUAACAGUGUUGGGCAUCAUCCUGGGUGCCCUCCUCCUGAUUAUCCUCUUGUGUGUCUGCUGCUGCCAGUGCUGCCCUCAGAUAUGCUGCUGCUACGUUCGCUGUCCCUGCUGUCCGCAGAAGUGCUGUUGCCCUGAAAAAUUGGUGAUGCAGCAUCGCAUGAUGAAGGAGGCUCAGAGGGCCAUGAGCCCCUGGGUAGGAGGACAGCCAUUAUAUGCGCCAAUGACCGCCUCUUCCCAAAACCCGAUGCUCUAUGCAGGAUCUGUUUCAGGGAAGAGCAUGCCUCUAAAGCCAAUGCCCCUCCCCCCACCUCAGUCGUCAGCGUACAGCAUGCCCGCUCCCAGCGUCAAUGGCUACCAUCCUCCAUCCAACAACACUCACAUGCUUGACUACCUGGAGAGUCAGGUGAAAGGGAUGGACAUGGCCAGUCCUCUGCUGCAGUCCCAGCCACCCCCACCUCCACACAUGCAGCAGUUCCCCCCUCCUGCCCAGCACAUGCCAGUCAGUGUGCCAUUCUCCCCUGGCCCUCCCAGCAUGAUCUCUGCUCUGGAUGAUGGCCCGACAGAGCGGCGCAUCAUCACGCUCCCACCGAUACGAGAGCAACAGGGAAGCAGAUUUCCACCUCCUCCCCCAAAGACGCGCCCCCCGAGCUCCAGUGAGAGUGGGCGCAGCGGGUUCAGCCGACACGACCCGCGGGGAUCUGGAGGGAGACGUCAUCCCGCUCCCACCAAGCCCACAGGGUUUUCCCGCAGCUACAGCCAGGAUUCGUUGGAUGCACGAAGUUACAGCGGGGCGAGGGGAGGCAUGGACCGCCCCCGGUCCCGGUCCAGGGAUGACUUGUUCGACAGUAGAUCCAGAGGAAACUACUCGCCACCGGCGUCACGACAUUCAAGGGGAGGUUCGUGGAGUUCCGAUGAGGAUGUCAGCAGUAGGAGAGGUGGAGGCGGAAGGAGAGGAGGUGGUGGGUGGGGUGACAAGCCUCCCAGCUACACCGAAUACGAGCCUGGACAGAAGCCAGGACAGAGGAGGAACGAACGCUACUCUGGCAAGAGUUCUCGCAGUGGCACCAGCAUCGUCAUCUGAAUCCUCCAGUUGUGAAACUUCCUGUGACCUCUGUUACAGAAAACAUCCACACCUCACUAGCCUUGUUAUUGGGCUACUGGUAAACCUUUUCUAAAAAGCCAUCUGAUGAAGGGAUCAUUGCACAAUGCCUUUGGUGUCUAAAAACAAAUUGGAAAGCUUGGCAAAAGACUCAACAAAUGUGAAAGUGAAAGUUUGAGACAUAUGAAUGAAUCUUCUGUUACAAGUUGUGGAGGUGGUUGGGGAAAUACUUAAUAAUUGAACCAAAAGGUACCUUUAAAAUGACAACAGUUAAAGAGGUCCUUACUGUGACUACUGAACAGAUUUUGGGGUAAUAGUCCCCUCUGGUGGUGUGUCAGUGCCAAGAAAAUAUCCCAAAAGAAUAUAUGCAGUGAAGUUACAUUGAUCUGUAAUCAGGCCUGAAGUUUUCACUUGAAUCUUCAUUUAGCUGUGAUGCAGUUGAGCUUUCAAGCUAUAAAAUCAUAAUGAAGUGCAGAAGAAAUGACAUUCCUUAAAUAAAUUUGAGUUCUUAUUAAUAGCCUCAAAUUUAUAAACCCUUAGAGAUAUAUGAAAUUGGACUUAGGCUAUGUGAAUGCUUAUUUUGGUGUUUAUUUUUUUAAUGAUCUCUUCUGUAAAUAUCUUGUUUAUUUUAUUUGUUUUUUUGUUGUUUUUUUUUUUUAAUAUCCUGGAUGCUUUUAAGGGGCUUUAUUGGAUUUUUUUUUGUCUGUAUUGUAAUGGAAAAACAGUGAACUAGUAACUGCUGUUAAAAUAUGAUAAAAGGUAUCUUAUAGGUAUAGAAACAAUGUAUUAAGAAGUGCUUAUUUAUAUCCAUAAACUAUUUGAAAAUACAUUUUCCAUAGUCUUGACGAAAUAAAUGAAGAAAUGUCAAGAUUGUGGCAGACCGUGAGUUUUUAUAGUCAGAAUUUAAAAUAUGUUCUGUUUUGCUUUUUUUGUGCACUCUUCCUGAAACUACCCUCAUCGCGCUUUUCUAAGCAGUGCAGUCUAUUUGUUUAUUGAAAUGAUUGUGAAUAAACUUUUGAUCUUUUGGGUUUAAUAACGCUGCUUUUCCCCAUUUAACUCACUGAAGGAUGCUGUUUGACACAAUGCCAUGUGAGGUUUGAUUGAACACUAAUAUCACAUAAGGUCUUUAAUUCAGGAGCGUUGGUCUAAAUUCAACACACAAGCACAGAGUAUUGCAUUAGGUUCAUACCAUUAGUUUGGCAUAAUCAAAAUAUAUUUGAUCUUGCAUUUGGAUUAAAGAUGAAAAUGAAGUGAUCAAUACAUGUUUUAUUAGUUGAGCUAAUAAAAUGAGAUUUUUUUUUGCAAUGG